AAGGGGUCUUGAGCUUGUGGGUGGAGUGGCGCGAGGAUGUUUUAGUUUUGACGAUAAGCAAAGUGAAUGAAAAAAUGACGAAAUAGCUGUAGACGAAAACAAGGACAGCUCACGCAUACAUACAUUACAGCGCAGAAGGGGGAUAUCAAUUCAAGUCCAUCCAGCUGGCCUCUCACCCCUGUGACCUCUGGCUAAGCUCUUUAAAAGCACUAUGGGGAACACCAGCAGUGAGAGGGCAGGCAUGGGCCAGGACAAGGCCCACCGAAGGGACAGCCGAGGAACCAAGGAGGGAGAUCGUCCUAAAAUCCUGAUGGACAGCCCUGAGGAUGCUGAUAUUUUUCACGGGGAAGAUAUCAAGGCACAGUUAGAAAAAGAGGAGUUCAUUGACUGGAGACCAGACCUGGAAACCAAUGAAAAGGUUGCCUCUUUGGAUCGACCCACCGUAUUUAGGUGGACUGGAGCUGGGAAGGAAGUCUAUGUCUCUGGCUCUUUUAACAAUUGGGCCAACAAGAUUCCUUUGAUUAGGAGUCAAAACAACUUUGUGGCGAUUGUGGAUUUGCCUGAGGGCGAGCACCAGUACAAGUUCUUUGUGGAUGGACAAUGGACACAUGACCCAAAAGAGCCUGUGGUGACCAACCAGCUUGGCACGAUUAACAACAUCAUCCAGGUGAAGAAGACAGACUUUGAGGUGUUCGAUGCUCUCAUGGUUGAUUCCCAGAAGUGCUCUGACAUGUCAGACCUGUCCAGCUCUCCUCCUGGGCCGUACCAUCAGGAUGCUUAUGUAGCCAAACAGGAGGAGAAAUUCAAAUCGCCCCCCAUUCUGCCCCCUCAUCUAUUACAGGUCAUCCUCAAUAAGGACACGGGCAUCUCUUGUGAUCCAGCUUUGCUUCCUGAGCCCAAUCAUGUCAUGCUUAAUCACCUGUACGCUUUGUCCAUUAAGGAUGGCGUAAUGGUUCUCAGCGCCACCCACCGCUAUAAGAAGAAAUAUGUCACAACCUUGCUGUACAAGCCAAUCUGAUCACUAUCUGACAAACCUGACUAAUGUCAGAUGCUCCCCCUAUAUGAGCUCUGUCCAGUUUUUUCUUGUCUAUAUAGUAUGUAUUAUUGUAAAUAGGGAUGUACAGAGAUGCACUUUAGAAAUCCCAACGUGUUUGGUAUAUAAACUAAUCAGAAACAUAGAAAUGGGGUAGAGUUACAGGUGAGUUAAGCACAUAUUUAUUCUUUUAGGUGUUGGUACACUUUUACUCAAUGAAGACUGGGCCAACAAGAACAUGUUCAGAAGUGUUUAAAAUGACUUCUAAACUUGACUGAAGCGAAAGUUUGCUAUUUUUUUAUCCUUUGUUUUUAGAACAAUAACAAACAUAAAUAUUGCAACAUUGUCUUAAAUUUGUAUUCUGUGUCAUGUUGUCUGGAAUAAAACAAUAACAACAUCGUCAA